CCUAAUAAUCUAAGCAUUCAGCAGUAUCUGCAACCUCUUUUAAAACUGUCAUAAAUACUCUUGCCUUAUAAAUAAAUGCUUUGAUUUUCCUUGUGGUGCUGUAUUCCCUUAUGGUAGACAAUUAAAAGGUGAACAGAAAUAUACAGAAAUUGUAAAUGAGAGUAAUUUAUGCAGGAAAAGAAAUGUGAAAUGCAACCAAAAAAGGCCAGGGGUGUAUUGUACUCCUUGUAUUCCAUAUCCCGUCCUGGAAUAAUUUAAAUAAAUAGGGCACUACUGUAUAUAGGAACUAUGAUAUUUAAUUUCUCAUGUCAUUAGAAAUGGGACAAUCAAUUUACUGUAUAUAAAUACAGCAUUAAAACAGUGAAAGCAAUUGUAGCAAAAUGUACUUUCUCAAUACUUAUGAAGAAGAGGAGUCUGAGAAGAAAUUGGAUGAUUAAAGAUUGUCUUGUUUGUUUAAACAGAUAAUACAGCGGGUAUUUAUGCUAGACGUGGUGGCUUUAGUCGACAAAAGCAGGAUUUAUACCUUCUUCCUAUUGUAAUAAGUGAUGGUGGAAUCCCUCCAAUGAGCAGCACCAAUACCCUCACUAUUAGAGUCUGUGGCUGUGACAGCAAUGGUUCCAUGCUCUCAUGUAAUGCUGAAGCUUACAUCCUCAAUGCUGGACUUAGCACUGGAGCUUUAAUUGCCAUUCUCGCUUGCAUUGUGAUUUUGUUAGUCAUUGUAGUGUUAUUUGUAACACUGAAAAGGCAGAAGAAAGAACCUUUAAUUGUUUUUGAAGAAGAAGAUGUCAGAGAGAACAUUAUAACUUAUGAUGAUGAAGGUGGUGGAGAGGAAGACACUGAAGCCUUUGACAUUGCUACUUUGCAGAACCCUGAUGGCAUCAAUGGGUUUAUUCCUCGUAAAGACAUAAAACCCGAGUAUCAGUAUAUGCCAAGACCAGGGCUUCGGCCAGCUCCUAACAGCGUUGAUGUUGAUGAUUUCAUCAACACAAGAAUACAAGAGGCUGAUAAUGAUCCAACUGCUCCUCCUUAUGACUCUAUUCAGAUCUAUGGCUAUGAAGGAAGAGGCUCAGUGGCUGGUUCACUUAGCUCGUUAGAGUCGGCGACAACAGAUUCUGAUUUGGACUAUGACUAUCUACAAAACUGGGGACCUCGUUUUAAGAAACUAGCAGACUUGUAUGGUUCCAAAGACACUUUUGAUGAUGAUUCUUAACAAUAAAGUUACAAAUUUGGCCUUAAGAACUGUGUCUGAUGUUUUGAAGAAUCCAGAAGAAAUGUAAGCAGGUAUUUUUUUAAAAAUCAAGAAAAGGCUCAUUAAAACAUUUAAGUUUGACAAAGAGGAUUCCUUUAAUAAUAAUGAAAAGGACAUAAAAGUGGUAAAUACUGUGAAGUACCUUUUCUUACAAAAGGCAAAUAUAGAAGUUGGUUAUCAACUUCACUAGAGAAAAACCCACUUGUGAAGUACAAAAUAUUUAAGGGAAGGAAAAUUCUAAAAGUGAACCUACAAAUGAGGGAAAUCUUUUAUGUAUUAUGAACAUCUAAAUCUUUUAUGUCAAAGAAGCUUCCACACGUUAGAAAAAGAUAACAGUUCUGAGCUGUAAUUUCGCCUUAAACUAUGGACACUCGUAUAUGUAGUGCAUUUUUAAACUUGAAAUAUAUAAUAUUCAGCCAGCUUAAACCCAUAUGAUGUAUGUACAGUACAAUGUACAAUUAUAAUGUCUCUUGAGCAUCAAACUUGUUACUGCUGAUUCUUGUAAAUCUUUUUGCUUAUACUUUCAUCUUGAACUAAUACGUGCCAGAUAUAAAACUCUGUCUUGUUGCAGUGGGAGGCGCCCUAUUUCUAUGUCAUUUUUAAUGUAUCUAUUUGUACAAUUUUAAAGUUCUUAUUUUAGUAUACAUACAAAUAUCAGUAUUCGGACAUGUAAGAAAUGUUACAACAUCACACUUAUAUUUUAUGAACAUUGUACUGUUGCUUUAAUAUGUGCUUCAAUAUAAGAAGCAGACUUCGAAAUAAAAUGAUUCUUUUUUUAAUUCUUGUUUUGGUUAUUAAGCAUUUAAGAAAACAUGUAGUGUUUCUAAUGUUCCAUUUAUAGUUCUAACUAAUUUACUACAAUUGUGACCUUUUAAUAGCCCUAUUUAUUAUGUGUUUGUAGUUGGUUUAUUGCCUUGUUAAGUGAUUAUUUAAAAUCAAAGAUGUUUUACAAAUGUUUUUAGAUAAGAAUCUGUAGUGUCUGGUGAACAUUUUGUACCCUCUCUAUCUACAGCUUGUGGCUGCUCCCAGAGUACAGUAAUACCUUUCAUACAAAAUUAUUGUACUCUGGGAGUAAAUUAAAUUUAAUCCUUUUAAAUAUUUCCCAUGUAAUAUGCAUUUAUCUUAUAGCCUAGAAAGUCCAUGGAUCUCAGAAACAACUUCAUACAUGAACAGGAGUGCACUGUACUUACAGUAUACUCCACACUUGUUAAUUAUAAUAUCCUUACUAAGCUCUGCGAGUUGCUAAAGACUUAAAUCUGACCCACUUUAGUUAGUAAUUCCCUAAAGACUGUUCUACCUGACAAUUACCUUACCUGAGCAUUAAUUAUGGUUCUGGUACUUAGAAAUGUUUUUAGUUUACUUCAGUAGAAUUGCCUCAUCUACAGCUAACAAGAUAUUUUAAUUUUUAAUAAGCGAAAUAUUGAGUAUUUUCAGAGUUGGUCUUUGUAAUGUAUGUUUUUAAUCUAAUAAAAUUGAUCUAUAACCUUUUUUAUAUUAGUUUGGAAUGGGCAAGGGACAAAAAUAUGUUGUGUGCAUCAACAUUUUCAACAUCUGUGUGCAGCUGUAAUUCUGCUAAAUUUAAUAUAGUUUGCUGGUAAGGGUCAGCGAUCAGCAACUGCAAUAUGAGAAGAGGCAAUAAAUAGCAAUGAUAUAAAUUUUUCCAUCUUUAAUUUUAGAAAUCCCAUCCUUGAAUUGCAGUCAGGUACCAAACUGCAUAACCUUAGAGGAAAUCUUAUUUUUUUUUGAUGUACUCCUUAACUGAAAUCCCCAUAUGUAGUUAAAUUUAAAUCUAACUAUUAAAAAUUAAAAAUAUAUAUAUUUUCAGGCGUAUAUUCAUAAAAUAUUCACUUUUCCCAUUAUAACCCUAUUUUAGUUUGCUGAAGGAGCAAAUUCACUAUAAAAUGUUUUAUUGUAAUAUUUCACUUUAUUAUAUGCAUAUGCAUUCUAUAUAAUUACAUAGUUUAUUACUUCUUAACUUGGUUCAAAUUUCCUUUUUUGUUGAUUUUUUCUAUGUUUAUAAUCCAAAGAAUAUUUUGCUAGAUUUGCACAUUUCUCCAACAUAAAUUUAAAUAAUAAUAAUAAUAAUAAUAAUUAAUAAUAAAUAGCAAUUUACAAAUUAACAUAGAAAAAAAUAAAACUAUUGGUAAGUUUCCAUCCUUAUCAUUGGUGUUUUUAUUUCACUAUUGGGCAAGUUUUAGAAUUAAUAACUGCAUUUUCUACAUUUAUGUUUAAUUUUUUUUAAAAGGACAUUGUCAACUAAUUUUUAAAAAAAUAGUUUUAAGUGUUUGGUUUUUAGUCUCUGUUGUUUGUAGCUCUCUCUUAGAAGCUUGGAAAUAAAUUUUCUUUCCCUGCU